AUGUCAACAGCCCAUUUGCGGAUUCUCCUAACAUCUUGCUCUCCAAGCCUUAAGACGGUCCUCUGCAAUUGGACGGGUCGACCGGCGGCGAGACAUCUUCACGAUGACCUUUGCCCUCACAACCACGUGCGUGAAGCGCUUGGUGUGGAUGCAAGGGGCUCACGUGGGCCCGCACAUAAAACCGGGCAGAUUGACUGUUCACUCAGGCGGUGCACAAACAGGUUAUCCGUUGCCGCAGAAUCACUCAGGCACAUCUACACUUUUGGGCAGAUUGUAGGACCUUCGUGGAUGGCUGAUACCGAGGUUGGUGUUCUUGUCUUUUUCGUAGGCCUAACGAUAAGUCUGACAAAAGCGGCCGAGGAGGACGGUGGAAAGAAAAAUGUUCUGAUACAUCAUAUCGCUGUCAAGCUGUCAAUAGCUUUGUGCUAUGCCCUUGUCAAGGGAUGUUACCGUUUGCCACGACUACUCCCUCGCUUGGGUAAGGACGACAACUGCAGGGUCAGUGCAUAUGCCAAACGACCUAAUGAGGCCAGUCGACCCAGUUCAACUGUGGUUCAAGACUCGCCUGACCUACCGAUGCUUCAGGUUGCGGUGCUCGGCGAAGGCUUUACGUGGCCCGAUCUGGCAAGAUCCGGCCAUCCAUUGAGGUUAGGCCUCCUUCACGAGGCGGACCGAAGGCAACAGUGA